GUAGUUGUAGUGUUACAUUGAUCUAAUGAUAGAGUUAAUUGCAAAAAGUAAAUAAUUGUCAUGGUUACUGUAAUUGUUACAAGUAAACUAUUAAAUACGUAUGCAUAUUCGCUGUUGAUCAUGAUUUUCCAGUUCAAUUACUUUAGACUUCGCACACUUUAAACUCGUGCAGUUAUGUUUUCUUUUAUAUUCGAUUUCAACAAAGUUUCUAAAAAAAAUUAAAUAAAAAAGUUCAACAUUAAAUAUUGGUACAUGCGAUGCCAUUUUUGGCAAUCGCAUUGCACAAGCAGUUAAUGGAACUUUGCACGCGUUAAAUGUUUGCGUUAAAUAUUUUGUACUCCGAUAAAGUAUGUCAAAACACGCCAUCUACUUACAGCAUUAAAGUGAACGAAAGAAGAUACAUACGUACUGUCGCAAGUAACAUUGCCUCUUUGCAUAACAUACAAUUUUAAGAAAAAUUAUGAUGGCAAGUAAAGGUUGGAAGGUGGUAAAACCGCACGUUCCUUUGAUUAAAUUUCGUAAGGGAGGAAUUAGCAGAGCAAUUCCUGAGGGGACAAAUGUUCAGUCUACGCAAGCAGGGCCGACAUCACAACGAAGUGUCGGUGCAACGGGGCCAAAUGUAACCGUUUUACCAAUUAUAGAUGAUAUUCAUUUACCUCCACGAUUUCAAAGACGACCCAUUGAUGAAAAAGAAAUUGCAUAUAUUAAUAGAGGUGGCCCAGAAUAAAUUGUAUGAAUUGAGAAUAUCCAUAGGUCAGCACCAAUUUUAGGAUAUUGAACAAAAGCGGAUAGGUACAGCCCUGUCCCAUGACAGAAAUAGCAGACGACAGUGCGCUGUGUCUUCCAUCCGUUCGCGAUCC